UUCGUGUCGGUCUUUUUUAUACUUGUUUUUUUUGUCAUUUUUUUUUCAGUCGUUUGGCGCUGCCCCAUGCACAGUUCACACUCAGAUUCAAAUUGAAAUUGUUCGUGCGCUGUUCGCUGCUCGUGUAUAGCUCCGUCGCCUUAACGCCCCCAGAAAUCAACGCGUGUAAUUUGUUGGCGCUAAGAGAAAGAAAUAAAACGGUACUUCGAAGACCAACAAGUGCUCCGGCUUACAAAUUGCAUUCUAUGUGGAUUCUGUGCGUCUGCGUGUCCGUGUGAAUUUGUUAGUGCAUUUGUGUGCGUGCCAUUCUCACAUAUUGUGUGUUGUUGUGACGAAAGUGCGUUCAACCAAUUGAAAGUGAAUUACAAGUCAAAAUAGAUUUUGAAAAAAAAUAAAGACAGAGACCAGACACGCACACACAAACACACACACACACACUCAGUCGCAAAUACGUCGUCGCAUUAAAAGUAGAACAAUUCAAAAUAUUUGCACCGAAAUAACGAAAACAGCUGUCGAAAUAGCAAGUGAAUUUCUGACUGCGGGGGAAACGAAGUAACAACAGACCUCUUGUUGUUGUUGUAGCGGUCUCUUUUUUUCGCACUGUGUGGUUGCUGUGUGUGGGCGGCGACGCGACUGCUGCGCAACUGCAUUUGCAUUACCAAAUUUGGGUCAAAGCAACAAAAAUAUAAAGAAGGAGCAACAUCAUCAUCAAAAUGACCGAUUUAAAUGAAUUGAUGGGUUCACCAUUUGUGCGCGUUAAGGUCGUUGCCUUUGUGCAUUUCAUAUUUAUAUCGAAUGCUAUGCUUGGCAGCUGGGGCCAUGGCGCCUAUGAAUUCUACAAUUUUCUCUUUAUCAUCUCCUUGUUCUGGACCAUCCACAGCAAGGAUUCCGUUGAGGCGGUGCAAACGGCGCUUGUGAUCAAUGCAUCUAGCAUUUUCUUUGAUCUAGUCAGCAUAAUCGUUAGUUUCAAUUAUAUGAAUGGCUGGGCUGUCGCAUUUAGCAUUAUCAAUCUGAUAUUGCGUCCAGUGAGCGUGGCUCUCUUGUAUCGUGAGUUCAAUACGCGUGGCGGCAGUCUACAGGGUGGAUCCGUCUUCCCGACCACACAGCAGCGUAGCUAUCAGGAUAUCGAUCGUCCCACGCAGCCGACACCAACUAAUUCGCAGCCAGGACCAAAUGUGGCGAGCAUUUUUUAAGACGCCAAGACGACUUGUAAUGACACCCUUCCAAGUACCUAAAUGAGUAAUACCUAGAAGAAACUUAACAUGAAAACAACCUUUAAACUUAUUCCCAACAAGAAAUUAACAGUCAACAAGUCGCAUUUUUUGUUUUUUUUUUUUGCCUGUUAAAAAUGAGAAAAGUUGUAAGAGCUAAGCGAGAGAAAUUGUAGUUAUUGAUGAGUAAAUAAAGACAAAACGAUAACCGACGACAA